GCCAACACGGCACGCAGCGAACAGAGAGAUGCAAUGGAAAUACGAGACCACGACUACGCCAAUUGGGCAUCGGUGAAGCGGCAAGAUGGGUCCUGCAUUGCAGCGGCUUCUUUCAAGGCCUUCUUCCCUCGAGUUUCUGGGGUAUCUGGUUGGGGCCCCUACAGCGAAUGCGCCGGCCAAGAGAAUACGGGGAUUAUCACGAGAGAGGGGCUCUGCUUGCCACCGCUAUGCUAGCAUAGCUGCUGUUGCUCGAGGAGUGGAGGAUGAGGAUUACGAUGCAAAGGAGAAAGAUGAGCCUACGCGCCGACCAAGCGGAGUUCCAAUAUACGACACCGAACCCAGCCUGCUUCCAAUUUCGACACCGACAUCCUCUUCUUCUCUCCAAACUUUGCGAAAACCCUGGGCUGGACUUUCAUCAGCGAAGAAUCAGUACUGGGAAGAGAGUCUUUUCACGCACGAGCAGCUUGAAUUUGAAUCAAAUUUGGAUACGGUCCCAGUAGCAGGCAGACCAAGGCUCCUGGAUCGGAAUGGAUACAAAGAAGAUUUCCGGCUAUGGGCAUGUCUCUUGGAAUACAGGAAAAGAAUUCACGGACCACAAGGAGUCUUGACCUUUUGGAACGCCGUCCGGAAGAGGAAUCUGCACUUGCCUACGAAGGGGAUUUUGGCAGGAAAGUUCUGGCCCGAGUUUCUUGCUCUAGGAUUCCAAGACUGUACUGUACUGGAUGAAGUGUGCGCAUAUGCCGAUAGAAUGUUACGCGACACCAGUGAAAGGUGGUCAAGACUUUACGUCUCUAUUAUCGAACACUUUCUGGUCAAUGGGCAGGGGGCUUACGCGCAAAAAUGGCACCACCGACUGUUCAAGCUUCACCCCCCAGGUUCCAAGCUUUUUGCAGAAAUGUGCCGCUACGUGGCAUUCAACCAUGGUGAUAUGAAAGCUCUGAGAAGGAUCUACACUCUUAACAAGCACCGGAAUGUUUAUUCGAGGGUCAUCCCUCUUCUCUGCCAGCGAGAGGAUUUCAAGGGUGCUGUGAAUUGGCAUAUCUUCUUUAUCAGCCGUGGAGACUUACCUGAAUCGUCAAAGCUGGUCGAGCCUCUGGUCCACUUCCUGGCUAUGUAUGAUCGCCAUAAUGCCUGGAGGGUCACACGAAGCCUUGUUGGUGCUGGUGUUUCCUUUGCGUCAACCAUGUUGAAUGAAUUGGAAAAGGAAACCAAAAUUUCAAGAGAGAUAAUGAAUCUUGUUCAUGGCAAAUCAUUCAAUAUCUCAGUGAAGAAGUACAACGAUAGCUUGGGGGCUCGAUGGUUUGCAACCCGGUGGGUAUCAUUAGACGUUGCCAUCAACGCUGUCCAUGCUCUCGGCAUCCAGGAAAUUGGUCCACUCUCCUUGCAGGCGAUAGCUCUGCGUGAUCCAGAUACGAAGGCAGUUGUUAUUCGCAUCGCUCAACUACGGGAUCUAGGAAUAUCUACAGGAAAUUCUCUAUUUGCCCGGGCAGUUGAAACCUUUGCCAGGAAUAGGAAGUCCGACCUUCUCGAAUGGCUGCUCAGCAGUGACCAGCACCCUGAGGCACUCGAGGAUGGCGAUUUGCAGGAAUCUCUCCUCGAAACCUAUGCAAGAGCCAAGGACUGGACACAAUAUAGACGAACAUUGACACUCCGAUCCCUUGUCAGCAAGUCUCCUGAUAUGGAGAAAAGCAAUAUCGUCCUUCGUUACCACGUGGCCGUGGGCAGCAGAGGAGCAAUAAUGGACAUGUUGGCCGACAUGCAGAUUGCUGGAACACCCGUCACAUCCAAAUCCAUCGCUCAUAUUAUACGAUGUUCUCUUCGUCCACGGCGGGCUGGCCACCGACCGGUGACCCAAAAAGGAAUGUGGCACAGAGCAACUGAUAAGAACGGGGACGACACGAACACAGCGAUCGCAAUCUUGAAACGUAUUAUGAAAUCCGGAAGCUUCGUCCCAAUUAUUCACUGGCGAGAGAUCAUUCGUCGACUGGGCAUGGCUGGGCGCUUUGAUGACCUGCAGAACCUCUGUCGCGAGCUUGCAGCCUGGUAUGGCCCAGUCGCACCCUCUGUCUGGCCACCGCGCCGUUACCGCAUUCCUGCGCAAGUCCCAACAUCUCAUCAUCUCCAUCCCCUAAGGAUGCUCUUCAAUGCCCCUCUCCAGAAAGCCAUCGUCGAGUGGGGCUUUAUCCACAACCUCAAACAUCGAAAGCUAAAUCUCGAGGAAUUUCGGCAAGGCAGAGGUCCAAUGAUCAGAUCAAAUGCCCUUCACACCGUCACAUCAGGCAUCACUCUUUUGAAGCAAUUGAGUCAGCACGGCGUUUACAUUGAUGGGACAUGCGUCAGAAGCGCCAUUUUUAAUCGCCUCAUCACGUACUAUGGGCCUGGCAGAUCGAAUCGACGAUACAAUCGCACCGCCAGGGCUAUAUUGAAUGGCAAGAUAGCUCUUUUAGCAAAGCAGAUCGAUGGUGCCUUAGGCGAGGAGUAUUUUACUGCCGUAGACCUGCCCAGACUUGUCAAUGAAAUGGCACUGAUGAGGUGGAGGAGAGUUGUAAGGAGGUGGAAUAAGAGGCUGGAUGCAAAGAGAGUGCGUUCCUUGGUGCCUGAGCUUGCUUAGCUUAGAAGUAAAGAGUGGAUUUUUGAAAUGGCCCUAAAGGUCAACAUAUUAUGAAUGGGAAUCCUGUUUAUGCAAGUAUGAUAAUAUUACAGUCAAUUGCGGAUGAAGGAUUGACAGACACGUUAGCAAUUCUCUUUCAUCGUUUCUCACCACUUUGAAGUUGCAGCCCCUUCCAUGGCAUCAGGUUUUGGUCUCGUUCACACCCGCUCCUCCUGCUCCUGACUCGGCUUUACUUUACGAUGCUUGACAAGGCCAUUCAGAACCCCCAUGUUCUUUAAAGCUCUUCUCACAAAACUUUUCAGACGUUUCAGCUCGAUUUGGAGAAGUGCAAACAUUCAAAGCUGCUCUCGGAGACAAGUCUCUCGCGUGACCGCUAUAUUGUUCAUCUUCGACUCUUGAUGCAACGGUGAAUUGCGAAGCCGGGAAUGUUCUAAUUCCCAACAUGUCAAAAUG